AUGGCAGCCACGGCGUUGGCCGCGCGUACCCGGCAGGCCGUCUGGAGCGUCUGGGCAAUGCAAGGCCGAGGCUUUGGCUCGGAACAGGGAGAUAAUGUUAGGUCCAGUGCGGGCGCGGUCCGGGACGCCGGUGGGGCCUUCGGAAAAAGAGAGCAGGCCGAAGAGGAACGAUACUUCCGAGCUCGUGCUAAAGAACAGCUGGCCGCCUUGAAGAAACACCAUGAAAAUGAGAUCUCUCAUCAUGCAAAGGAGAUUGAGCGCCUGCAGAAAGAAAUUGAGCGGCAUAAGCAGUCGAUCAAGAAACUAAAACAGAGUGAGGAUGACGACUAA